AUGUGUGGUGGUUCUAUCAUCUCUGAUUUCAUAGAAGUUCAUAUCAAGAAUGCUCCAGAAUCCACCACCCAUCACCUCUUCUCUCAGCUCCACACUUUCAAUGCCACCUCUUCUUCCACACUCAUCAAAGGUAACACCUUUUUCUUCUCACUAAUUAUAAUUUUUGGCAUUAUCAUGAUUGUUGUUGACUUUGAUGUAGUAGAGGAGACAUGUGAGAAGGUCAAGAAUAGCAGAGUAAUUGCAGAGAAGGGUGGUGCACUAGUAUGGAAGAAUACUUACAAAGGAAUCAGGCGAAGGCCGUGGGGCAAGUGGGCUGUGGAAAUAAGGGAUCCACGCAAGGGCAUUCGGGUAUGGCUCGGCACCUUCGCCACGCGCCUACGUCACCGCCGUCGUACACAUCCGCGGAGAUAA